UGGAAUUGGAAAUUUAGUGUAACUGGGGGAGGGGGAGUUGAAGCCACUGAGGGAGGGGUCAGUACCCCAUAACAGAAAGUAAAGUUCCUGCCCCCCUUCCCUGAGGCUGGAGCCACCUUUGCUUCCCACAUGAGUGACAUCUCAGGCUGCAGCCCCACUGUUCCCCUCUGUCAGCAGAAAUCUCUCUCUUCUGACCCCUCCUGCUGGGGUCUCAGCCAGCCAAUCCCUGAUCUGGGGGAAGGGGGAGUUUGCACCCCCCCACUCCCUCAUAAGGAUCAGCUGGGGGCUGGGGGGGUGGCCGGCUGCUGCAAGUGGGACUGGGGUCAGAGCUUUGUGGAGGGAAGAAACACCUGGGGGGGGGCAGGCAAGAAAAAAGAAGCCCAGAUUGACAGGCAGGUGGACAGGUUGAGGAGGUCCCCCAAGGAGUGAGAGCCCCCCAAAAGGAACACAUCGCCCCCUGGCCCCCAAGAAGGGAGCAGGAUGGAGGCCGCACAUGCAAAGAGCACAGAAGAAUGUUUGUCCUACUUUGGGGUGAGCGAGACCACAGGCCUCACCCCAGACCAAGUUAAGCGGCAUCUGGAAAAAUACGGCCCCAAUGAGCUCCCUGCUGAGGAAGGCAAGUCCCUGUGGGAGUUGGUGGUAGAGCAGUUUGAAGACCUCCUGGUGCGGAUCCUUCUCCUGGCUGCCUGCAUUUCCUUCGUGCUGGCCUGGUUUGAGGAAGGCGAAGAGACCAUCACUGCCUUUGUCGAACCUUUUGUCAUCCUCUUGAUCCUCAUUGCUAAUGCCAUCGUUGGCGUCUGGCAGGAGCGGAAUGCAGAGAAUGCCAUCGAGGCACUGAAGGAAUAUGAGCCCGAGAUGGGGAAGGUCUACAGGGCUGAUCGCAAGUCAGUACAAAGGAUCAAGGCUCGGGACAUUGUCCCUGGGGACAUUGUGGAGGUGGCUGUGGGGGACAAAGUCCCUGCAGACAUCCGCAUCCUGUCCAUUAAAUCCACCACCCUCCGCGUCGACCAGUCCAUCUUGACAGGAGAGUCUGUAUCUGUCAUCAAGCACACAGACCCCGUCCCUGACCCCCGAGCUGUCAACCAGGACAAGAAGAACAUGCUUUUCUCGGGUACCAACAUUGCAGCCGGCAAGGCUGUGGGCAUUGUGGCCACCACUGGUGUGAGCACUGAGAUCGGCAAGAUCCGAGACCAAAUGGCUGCCACUGAGCAGGAUAAGACCCCACUGCAGCAGAAACUUGACGAGUUUGGGGAACAGCUGUCUAAGGUCAUCUCUCUCAUCUGUGUGGCUGUCUGGCUUAUUAACAUUGGCCACUUCAACGAUCCUGUCCAUGGGGGAUCCUGGUUCCGGGGGGCCAUUUACUACUUCAAGAUUGCUGUGGCCUUGGCUGUGGCGGCCAUCCCAGAAGGGCUUCCUGCUGUCAUCACUACCUGCCUGGCCUUGGGUACUCGCCGGAUGGCAAAGAAGAAUGCCAUUGUGAGGAGCUUGCCCUCUGUGGAGACCCUGGGCUGUACCUCUGUCAUCUGCUCUGACAAGACAGGCACCCUUACCACCAACCAGAUGUCAGUCUGCAAGAUGUUCAUCAUCGACAAGGUAGAUGGGGAUGCCUGCUCCCUGAAUGAGUUCGCCAUCACUGGCUCCACUUAUGCUCCUGAAGGAGAGGUCUUGAAGAAUGAUAAGCCAAUCCGGGCAGGGCAGUAUGAUGGGCUAGUGGAACUGGCCACCAUCUGUGCCCUCUGCAAUGACUCGUCCUUGGACUUUAACGAGUCCAAAGGUGUCUAUGAGAAAGUUGGUGAGGCCACAGAGACAGCCCUCACUACCUUGGUGGAAAAGAUGAAUGUGUUCAACACUGAAGUGAGAAGCCUCUCAAAGGUGGAGAGGGCCAAUGCCUGCAACUCGGUGAUCCGUCAACUAAUGAAGAAGGAAUUCACCUUGGAAUUCUCCCGAGACAGAAAGUCUAUGUCUGUUUAUUGCUCCCCAGCCAAGUCUUCCCGGGCUGCUGUGGGCAACAAGAUGUUUGUCAAGGGUGCCCCUGAGGGGGUUAUUGACCGCUGUAACUAUGUGCGUGUCGGCACCACCCGAGUACCAUUGACAGGUCCUGUGAAGGAGAAGAUCAUGUCAGUGAUCAAGGAGUGGGGUACUGGGCGGGACACCCUGCGCUGCCUGGCCCUGGCCACCCGGGACACACCCCCAAAGAAGGAAGAGAUGGUCCUGGAUGACUCAGCCAAGUUCAUGGAGUAUGAGAUGGACCUGACAUUCGUUGGUGUUGUGGGCAUGUUGGAUCCACCUCGCAAGGAGGUCACAGGCUCUAUCCAGCUGUGCCGUGAUGCUGGGAUCCGGGUGAUCAUGAUCACUGGGGAUAACAAGGGCACAGCCAUUGCCAUCUGCCGACGAAUUGGCAUCUUUUCAGAGAACGAAGAAGUGACAGAUCGUGCCUACACUGGCCGAGAGUUCGAUGACCUGCCCCUGGCUGAGCAGCGGGAGGCCUGCAGACGUGCCUGCUGCUUUGCCCGUGUGGAGCCCUCACACAAAUCCAAGAUUGUGGAGUUCCUGCAGUCCUUUGAUGAGAUCACAGCCAUGACAGGGGAUGGUGUCAAUGAUGCCCCUGCCCUGAAGAAGGCUGAGAUCGGCAUUGCCAUGGGAUCUGGUACGGCUGUGGCCAAGACAGCCUCCGAGAUGGUGCUGGCUGAUGACAACUUCUCCACUAUUGUGGCUGCUGUGGAGGAAGGCCGUGCCAUCUACAACAACAUGAAGCAGUUCAUCCGCUACCUCAUUUCCUCCAACGUAGGCGAGGUGGUCUGUAUCUUCCUGACCGCUGCCUUGGGACUGCCUGAGGCCCUGAUCCCCGUGCAGCUGCUGUGGGUGAACUUGGUAACUGAUGGGCUCCCUGCUACCGCUCUGGGCUUCAACCCACCUGACCUGGACAUCAUGGACCGGCCCCCCCGGAGUCCCAAAGAGCCCCUUAUCAGUGGCUGGCUCUUUUUCCGCUACAUGGCAAUUGGGGGCUACGUGGGCGCAGCUACUGUGGGAGCAGCUGCCUGGUGGUUCCUGUAUGCAGAGGAUGGGCCUCAUGUCAACUACAGCCAACUGACUCACUUCAUGCAGUGUUCUGAGGACAAUCCUGACUUUGAUGGUCUGGACUGUGAGGUCUUUGAGGCCCCUGAGCCCAUGACCAUGGCCUUGUCUGUGCUGGUGACCAUUGAGAUGUGCAAUGCUCUAAACAGCCUGUCUGAGAACCAGUCUCUGCUGCGGAUGCCACCCUGGGUGAACAUCUGGCUGCUGGGCUCCAUCUGCCUGUCCAUGUCCCUCCACUUCCUCAUCCUUUAUGUUGACCCCCUACCGAUGAUCUUCAAGCUCCGGGCCCUGGACUUUACCCAGUGGUUUAUGGUCCUCAAGAUCUCACUUCCAGUCAUCGGGCUGGACGAGAUUCUCAAGUUUGUUGCUCGGAAUUAUCUGGAAGGUAAGGGGCGCACCCCUCCUCUGACUCCUUGCAACCCUAGCACUGAGCACAGCCCCUGCUCUCUGCACCAAGAAUGUGUGCCAUACCCCACACUCCCCUUCCUUUGCAGGUGGGUAAGUUCUUCUUGGCCCUGGCAGGACCAGUGUCCCCAGAGAGGGGCAGCCCAAGCCCUGUCCCCACUCCAGCUGUGACUGGUGGGGUCCUUCCCCAGUCUGCUCCUCAGCCCUCUGGCCCUACAGGCCCCCUCCCCCUUGAUAACGGCCUCUCUCUAUCCUCU